UUUAUGGGUCACCACACAUGAAUUCCGCAAGUUCCACAUACGACUUUCUCUUUUUCUUCUUCCUUUAGCGUUUCAAGUUGCGUGUCUUUAAAAUGUAUAAAUUUUCCCUUUCAUUUAUAUUUGUGAUUACAAUAAUUCCGCAAAUACAUUCCCAAUCUAAGCUACACGUGGAAGUUUUGUACGAAUCUCUUUGUCCAGACAGUCUUAAUUUUAUAACUCAGCAAUUACAUCCCGUUUUUAAAGAAUUAUCACCCUAUGUUGAUUUAAAAUUGACCCCGUUUGGUAAAAGUGCGAGUUUAGAAAAUGGUGUGCAAUUUAUUUGCCAACACGGUCCCCAAGAAUGUAAAGGAAACCGAAUCCAAUCUUGUGUUUUAAACGCCUUACCUGACCAAACGACUCAAGUCGAGUAUGUUAAUUGUUUCAUGAAGACGUUCAAAAAAGGGCAAAAAAAUGAAGAGGAAUUUGGUCAAGCAUGUGCAGAAGCUGUUGGACUAGACUUCAACCAAAUUUCGCAAUGUUACACUUCAGAAAUCGGUACUAAACUUCAGUUAUUAGCGGAACAGUCGACUGUGAAAAUAACUCCAAAAUUUGUUCCCACAAUUUUAUACAACGGAGUUUUUGACCAACAACUUCAAGAAAAGAGUCUUCUCGACUUUAGAGGCGUUGUUUGUAAUAUCUUGAUACAAACGUAUCCACAAGCUUGCCAGUCACCCUCAGUUAUCAGACUUUAAUUCUUUUAAUGACAAUUCUUUAUUUCAAGUAAAUUUGUUCACAUAGAAAAAUAUGUAUCUGAUUAAAUCUAAUUCAAAUGAAAUUCCCAGUGUAUCAUCCAGGGAAUGCUCUAUUAUAUUUAAAGAUAUUAUAACGUUAUGACGUAAAUAUUUCAAAACAUAACAAAAACUUCAAUAACGCUAACAAUUCGAAAAUUAACAUAUUACUCAAAAAGAAAAAUUAUCUGUCUAAUCUAAAAAACAAAAAUUCAUUUCAUUUUUUAUUUCUCUUGUUUUUUAUAUCCAUGUUCUGGGAAAUUCAGUUUACGAUAAUCACGCUUUGCUUCGCCCACAGACAUUGCUUUAAAUGAUUGUUCUGCAAAAAAAAAUCAGUUUCGUAAGUUAAA